CUUCCAACGUUCUUUCCAUAGCUCAAACUUUUUUACUCAAAUCCCCAGAAAAUAUCAGUGUAGAAGAAAAAAGAAAAUACACAAUUUUUAAAAAUGGACAAGAUGCAUUAGCAGCAUUAUUCCAUGCAAUAAUGAUAUCCUUUGAAUUCAGACUAAUUGGUUUUGGCGAAGACGAUAAUUUAAACGUUAAUUAUGAUAUUGAUAAUGAAGGGAAUAUUAUUACAUUACCGGAUGUUUGGAAUGCUCAAGGGCCUAACUUUUAUGCUUUUCGUUAUAAACAUCAUCAAUCUUCACUUACUUUUUUGAUAAAAUCCAUGAAAAUGUCUAAUAAGUUUUUAGUUCAUGGAAUGGCUAUAGAGGAUAAUAAAACAGUAACAUUUGAAACAGUGACAGAAGAUUAUGUUUAUCCUUCAAUUUUUCCUUACACGCUUGAAAAAGCUGAAUCACAACCGCUUCUUAAUGUUUACAUAUCGGAAAGCCGUAUCAAUGACCUGAUCAAUCAAUAUAAAACCAAGAUUAUUGACAAAUUAAUUCCUAAUUUAUAUAAUGGUAAAGGUGGAACCACUACAACGCCGAUUGUAUCUUCAACUCAACCUAAUACUAACGAUCCUUUACGUAUUCCAACUCGUCAACCUCCACUUGUUGGUCCAUCUAUAUUUGGAGAUCCUUAUGGAAUGCCUAGUCGAGGUGGUGGAAUGUUGGUUGGCCCAGAUCAUCCAAUGUUUGGACAAAGAGUUCCGAGUCGUGGUGAUCAAAUUUUUGGUGGACCACAAAAUUUACCAAGAUUUGAUCCGAUUGGUCCACUUGGCCCACAACCACUCCCUAGACCAGGUCAACCUAGAGGUCGUGGUGGAAAUUUUUUCAGUGGCGAUCCUGAUAAUGAUGAAUUGCCUCCACCAGUAAUUGCAUUGUCAGCUGGUAUUUCGGAUGAAGUCAAAGUUAACUAUUUGUUGCAAGAACAAGUUGGGCAGAAGUUUAAAAAAGUUACCAUGGCAGAAUUACUAUAUUUGAGGGAACAUUUGAUAUUACAGAAUCUGGUAACUGGUGAAGUGAAUCAAGCUGUUUUAAAGGCUGCAACAAAUGUAUUCAUGAAUCGCGAUUCUGAGUUAAAGGCUCAUAUAAAUUUUGUUGAAGAAACAAUGUGGGGAGAGUCAAAGCUACCUAUUUAG